UCGUCCUCAACGGGCCCCUGACCUUUCCGUGCUCUAUAUCGAUAAUAGCUCCAAUCCCCACAACGUGCUUAAAUCUCCCCGAAAUCCAAACGCCGAGUUUAGUGUGGAUCGGAACUCAGUGAACUGUGCAGUGCCCAGACGUUUACUUCUUGUGCGGUUUAGUAAAUCGUAAAAUUUACAACGAUGCCUCGGCCGUGUCGAGAAACCUACGGCGACCAAAAGCCGCCCUACUCGUAUAUCUCCCUGACGGCGAUGGCUAUCUGGAGUUCACCGGAUAAGAUGCUACCCUUGUCUGAUAUCUACCGCUUCAUCAGCGACAGGUUCCCGUACUAUAGGCGGAACACCCAACGCUGGCAGAACUCCCUACGACAUAAUCUGUCGUUCAAUGAUUGUUUUGUGAAGAUCCCUCGAAGGGCUGAUCGUCCUGGAAAGGGCGCCUACUGGGCGCUCCACCCGGCUGCCCUGGACAUGUUCGAGAACGGCUCCCUUUUGAGGCGUCGCAAGAGGUUCAAGCUCAUGAAGACAGACAAGGACCGGUUGGAGAACGAGCUCGCUGCCCUGGCCAACAUGAACAGGUUUUUAUUCACCCCAAAUUCACCCCCUAUGAUCGACGAGGCGCCCUGUCGGGAGCCCCCCAUGAUUUCGCCGCAGCCCCCGAGCCCCAUCUCCUCGGAGCCGCCCCCACCGCGGCCUAAAAGGGCGUUCGAUAUUGAAAGUUUGAUUUCGCCCGAUAAGCCCAAGAGCCUAGUCCAAACGCCGGCGGUGGUCACCAGCUGUAGCCCCUCGCCCCCCAUACCUUAUUACCUCCCCCCGCACCCCUCACUUGUUCCCAUGCACCCACCCCCGUAUUUCCACGCGUCGCAAUAUUUGUUUAGGUUCAACAGCGCCCCCCUGAGGGCGGUUUGAAGCCUUUGGUCGCUGUGUUUAGUUUGUUUUAUUUUUUGAUGUCUUGGCAGUCUGGAGAGCGUUCGAAAGUAGACCCCUAAAUUUUCGCCUGUGUCGCACAGAUUGGAAAAUAAUUUUCGAGAUCUGCACUUCUUUGCUGGGGAAAA